AUUAAUAUUUAUAUAGCUUAAAAUGAAACAUAAAUGGAAAACGCCCAACUUAGUUGCGCUAUCACCAUAUACAACAUAUCACCGCACACAUAUUUCUCACACAUCUCACAUAAUGUCAAAACCUGUUAAAAUUACGGUAGUCGGUGAUGGUGCUGUCGGUAAAACGUGCUUACUUAUAGGAUACACGAAGAAAAAGUACAAUGACAAGUACAUCCCAACAGUUUUUGAAAAUUAUGCGGAUAAUAUUACUGUGGAUGGUAUUAAACACAAUGUGACAUUAUGGGAUACCGCCGGACAAGAGGAUUACGAACGAUUAAGGCCCCUCUCAUAUCCAAACACAACAUGUUUCUUAUUAUGCUACUCAAUAUCUCAUAAAGACUCGUAUUUGAACGUGAAAACGAAGUGGGCACCGGAAAUUAGGCAUCAUAUGCCUCAUGCUCCAAUCAUUUUAGUAGGAACGAAAUCGGAUUUGCGACAAGAGGACGUACCUAACUUAAUACUCCUUACUGAAAAAGAUGGGAAAAAGAUGAAAGCUGCAAUUAAGGCGGAAGGCUUUUACGAAUGUUCUGCCAAAUUGCUUAAAGGUCUUGACGAGGUGAUCGCAGGGGCAGUCAGGUGUAGCAUAAAAAGUAGAGCGAGCAGGAAAACUAGAGCCAGCAACUGCAUAUUAUUAUAGGAUCUUACCAUUUAAUUUAUUUUGCUUUAAUAAUUUAUAAGAGCUAAGCUUUUAAUUCCAGUCAUUAACAAUCUUUUCAAUAAUAUUAAUAUAUGAUAUAAUCAUCGAUUGAAUCCAAUAAAUAUUAUUAAUAACCGCGAAUACUAUGUAAUUGCAACUUUUGUUCUAUAUACAAUUUUAUUUUAAGCAUCUAAUCAAAUAUAGUUUGAUUUUUCAA